ACACAUCCUUCCGGCAGGAACACCAUCUGCUUGGACAAUGGCGGCCAGAUGCGCUUGGAUGAUAGUGAAGGGUCCGCAACACUAUAAAAGAGCUUGGACCCACAGAAGAGCAUCACAGUACAGCUGCAGCUCACAAGAUGAGGUUCCUGGUAUGCGCAGUCCUCUUGGUUGCUCUGGCCACCGCAGAGGAGGCGGCCAAAGCCAAAGAGACCAAGGUCACCGUUGAAGUCCAGGCGGCCGCGUCGGACAAAAAGGAGAAGAGGGGUCUGGCCGGCGGAUUCGGCGGAGGCAGCGACCACGGAGGAAUCGGUGGUGGCGGCGGCGAUGCCGGUGGAUACUCUGGAGGCAGCAUCUCCCUAGGAGGCGGCGGCGGACACGGCGGAUUCGGGGGCGGUGACGGCGGCUAUGGUGCUAGCGCCGGAGGCAGCUACGGAGGAAGCUCCGGAGGCGGCUACGGCGGCAGCGCUGGAGGAGGCUACGGAGGCAGCUCUGGAGGCGGUUACGGAGGCGGUGCUGGAGGCGGCUACGGAGGCGGCUCUGGAGGCGGAUUCGGAGGCAGCGGAGCUGGCGGCUUUGGCGGAAGCGGCGCCGGUGGUUUUGGAGGUGGAGAUGACGCUGGUGGAAUUUUCACAGGUGGAGCCGGAGGUGCCGGUGGAGCCGGUGGUGCUGGAGGCAACGGUCAGGCGCCCGUCCGCGUGAUCACGACCACCCAGCACGUGAACGUUCCCCAGCCCAUUGCCAUCACCAUCAACAGGCCGGUGCCCAUCGCUGUGCCCCAGCCCUUCCCCGUGGCCGUGCCAAGACCCGUCCCCAUUGAGGUUCCCCAAGCUGUCCAGGUGACGAUCCCUCGUCCUUACGCCGUGCCGGUCGACAGGCCCUACCCCGUGUCCAUCCCCAGGCCCGUCCCUGUCGCCGUUUCCAGGCCCGUGCCCAUCGCCGUUCCUUAUUCCGUCCCCGUGAGCGUGCCUAAGGCCGUUCCCGUCAACGUUCCUCAGCCCUACGUCAUCGCCUCUCCUGUCGUCGUCGGUACCAACAACAACGUCGGACAGCUCGGAGGUUCCCUUGGAGGUGGUGCCGGAGGUGCUGGCGGUUUCGGAGGUGCUGGUGGAUUCGGAGGAGGCGCUGGAGGUUUCGGAGGAGGCGGAUUCGGAGGUCAUGGCGCUGGCGCCGGCUUCGGAGGUGGCUCUGGAUUUGGAGGCGGCCACGGAGGUGGCUCUGGAUUCGGAGGCGGCUCUGGCUUUGGAGGUGGCCACGGAGGCAGCUCUGGCUUGGGAGGCGGACACUCUAUUAGCCUGGGAGGUGGCAGCGGCGGCAGCGGCGGCAGCAGCCACGCUAGCAUCAGCUACGGCAAGCACUAAUCAAGAUCCCGGAAGCUUCUCACGAGGCGGCUGGGUGCGUGGUUCCUAUUUUCAAACUAAAUUGUAUAUAACCAACAUCCGAUAAUUGUUGAAAUGUGAUAAAACUAGAGAAAAAAUUCCUGCACUCCAUACAGGUUAAAAAGUGAAAGCUACACCAACAUUUUAUAAAGCCAAAUAAUGUACUGUGGUCCAUAUCACCAUAUGAAAAACGAUGUAUUAACGUUUAAUAAAGCAAAUAUUGCUUUUGGAUUUUACCAAACGAAACAA